AAUGAGGCUCGGAGCCUGCACAGCUAACCCCCCGUCCAGUACGCUCUGUGAGAAAGCCUUGACCUUGCUUCCAUUUGAGGCUUCCCUCUUUCUUUGUAGGAUGGAUGAGGAGUUGCCAGAUGGGGUUGUCUUCAAAGACCACGACUUCUCCUCAGACUUGUUGAGACAGCUCAACAGCUUAAGGCAAAGCAAGAUUCUGACAGAUGUGAACAUCUGCUGUGGGGCCCAGGAGGUCCCUUGCCACCGCAACGUCCUGGCCUCCAGCAGCCCCUACUUCAAGGCCAUGUUCUGCAGCCACUUCCGGGAGAGCAGAGAGGCCAAAGUGCAGCUGAAAGGCAUCAACUCCGCAACUCUGGAGCAGGUCAUCACGUAUGUGUACACGGGAGAGGUGCACAUCUCAGCCGCCAGCGUCCUCCCGCUGAUGGAGGCAGCUGCCAUGCUGCAGUAUCCACGGCUGUUUGAGGCCUGUUCCUCAUACCUGCAGAGCCAGUUGGCUCCCAGCAACUGCCUGGGCCUGGUCAGGCUUGCGGAAAUCUUAAGCUGUGAGAGCCUUAAGAAGAAAGCCAGGGAAGUGGCCCUGACUUACUUCCCAGAGGUGGCGGCAUCAGCCGACAUGAAGGAGCUCUGUGCCGUGGAGCUGAGAGACUACCUGGGAGAUGACCGGCUCUGUGGAGAGGAGGAGAAGGUGUUUGAGGCCCUCAUGGCUUGGGUCAAGCAUGACCUCAGGGCCCGGUGGAAGUACCUGCAGGAACUGCUGCAGCAGGUCCGCUUACAGUAUAUUCACCCUGCUUUCUUCCACCACUUUAUGGCCAAUGAUGCCCUCCUCCAGUCCUCACCCGCGUGCCAGGCCAUCCUGGAGACGGCCAGAAAGCAGAUAUUCUCUUUGUAUGGUCCCAGUGCCCAGGACUGCAAACUCGUCUGGCACAGCCCCCCACGGAGCUCCUAUCAAGACUUCCUCCUCCUCCUGGGGGGACGGAAAGACAGCCAGCAGACCACCAGGGACGUCUUGCUCUACAAUAUACAGACCGGCCAGUGGCAGAGCCUAGCCAGACUCCCCACGCGAUUGUACAAGGCCUCGGCGGUCACCUUGCACCGCAGUGUCUAUGUGCUCGGGGGCAUGGCUGUUAGUGAGGGGAAGAGUCUCAUCAGCCGCAGUGUUUAUAUCUUCUCUCUGAAGCUCAACCAGUGGAGGCUGGGGGAGCCCAUGCUGGCAGCCCGCUACUCCCACAGGAGCGCUGCCCACAGGAACUUCAUCUUCUCCAUUGGGGGCACAGGAGAAGGGCAGGAGCUGCUGGGCUCCAUGGAGAGGUACGACAGCAUCUGCGAAGUGUGGGAGAGCGUGGCCAGCAUGCCAAUGGCCGUGCUCCACCCUGCCGUUGCGGUGAAGGACCAAAGGCUCUACCUCUUUGGGGGUGAGGACAUCAUGCAGAACCCUGUGCGCCUUAUCCAGGUUUACCACAUUUCCAGAAACACGUGGUACAAAAUGGAGACAAGAAUGAUCAAGAAUGUGUGUGCCCCUGCAGUGGUGCUGGGGGAAAGAAUUGUCAUUGUGGGAGGUUACACAAGGAGGAUUCUUGCUUAUGACCCUCAGUCUAACAAGUUUGUCAAAUGUGCGGACAUGAAAGACCGAAGGAUGCACCAUGGGGCCACAGUGAUGGGGGACAAGCUGUACGUCACAGGUGGACGGUGGCUGACCACAGACUGCAGCAUCGAAGACUCGGCUUCCUUUGACUGCUACGACCCUGAGACAGACACCUGGACGUCCCAGGGACAGCUACCUCACAAACUCUUUGACCAUGCCUGCCUGACUCUCCAGUGCAUACCCCACAUGGCCAGCCUCUCAUGAGAGCCAUGGGAACCAUCUCGGUCAAAAUGCUGUGUGGGGUGAGAGGCUGCAACCCAGCUCUGGUAGGGCCUAGAGCAGAGAAAGUCAAAACUACCACUUCUACAGAGUAGUCUUGUUCUUAAUGCCAGCGGGUGCUUUUGAAAAUUUCAUCCCUACCUCUGAACCAAUGCCAGACACUACACUAUUCUAACUGGAUAGAUCUGGAUCACAUCCCUCUUGGUGGGAGAAGUGAGG